GCUGGGUUGCAAUCCUGGGCCGGGAGGGUCCCCACCCAACCCUGACCUUAAAACCAGUUGCUCCCAAUUGCUCCCAGUUGGUCCCAGUUCCUUCCCCAACCAGCACCCAUGGGUGCCCCCAGGACCCUCCUGCUUGGCCUGCUCGCCCUGUUCGGUUCGCCGGCCCGCAGCCUCCCGGUCACCGUCCCCGUCCCUGUCACCAUCAUCGUCCCCACCACCAUCCCCAUCCCCAUCCCCGGCCCCACAACUGUCACCAGCCCCACAAUUGUCACCGUCACCCCCCCCGUCACCCCCCCUGGCCCCGACCCCAAUAUCGUCCCCGAUAGCGUCCCCACCACCGUCCCCAUCACCGUCCCCAGCCCCACGGUGACACCGCCGCUGGAACACGGUGACAAUGACAUUGACAUUGACAAUGACAAUGAUACUGACAAUGACAACGAUAUUGACAGCGACAUUGACAAUGACAUUGACAACGACGUUGACAAUGACACCGAAGGGCACACAAUGGUGGCUCUGCGCCCCUCCCCCCCCCCCGACCCCCAUGGCCCCUCCCCCAACCUGGGACUUGGCCCCAAACUGAGGGACCUGCUGGGACCCUCCCCUCCCCCCACCGGGGACCAGCCCCCCAAGGUUGAGGCUUAAAGUGGGGGGCCCGGACGCCUGGGUCCCUUUUCAGGGAUCGUAGGGGACUCGGACGCCUGGGUCCCUUUUUCUGGGUGGGGGGUCUUGUGGGGCCCGGACGCCUGGGUCCUUUUUUCUGCGAGGGUCUUAGGUUGCCCGGACGCCUGGGUUCAUUUUUGUGGGAGGGGGGUCUUGUGGAACCCGGACGCCUGGGUCCCUUUUUUGGGGGGGGCCCAGAUGCCUAGGUCCCUUUUCAGGGUUCAUAGGGGACUCGGACGCCUGGGUCCCUUUUUCUGGGUGGGGGGUCUUGUGGGGCCCGGACGCCUGGGUCCCUUUUUUGGGGGGGCCCCAGAUGCCUGGGUCCCUUUUCAGGGAUCGCGGGGGACUCAGACACCUGGGUCCCUUUUUUUGGGGGGCCCCGGAUGCCUGGGUCCCUGCCGCAGGGCAUGCUGGGAACCCUGACUCAUGGGGCGCUGCCGCCACGUCCCCCCUUGACCUUCCGGGCUGGCCGGUUCCCCACCCUGGCGGGGGGACCCAGGCGUCCGGGGGGACCCAGGCAUCCGGGCAGCCCCACCCCACCCUGGGGUGUCUAUAAGAACCUGGGGGGGCCCCUCCCAGUGCUCCCAGUGCUCCCAGUACCGCACUGGACGCGGCUGCCACCGCCUGCAGGUAGGGCCCCUCUCGGAUGCCUGGGUCCCCUCCCGGACGCCUGGGUCCCCUUGUCUGGGGGUCACUGGUGAAACUGGGAGACGGGUGGGAAGUGGCCCCGGAUGCCUGGGUCCACCUGAACACCUGGGUCCCCCGAACACCUGGGUCCCCUCCAGGAUGCCUGGGUCCCCUCCCGGAUGCCUGGGUCCCCUUGCCUGGGGGUCACUGGUGAAACUGGGAGAGGGGUGGGAAGUGGCCCCGGAUGCCUGGGUCCUCCCCGAACACCUGGGUCCCCCUGAACACCUGGGUGGCCCCUGAACACCUGGGUGCCCCGAACACCUGGGUCCCCUCCAGGAUGCCUGGGUCCCCUCCCGGACGCCUGGGUCCCCUUGUCUGGGGGUCACUGGUGAAACUGGGAGAGGGGUGGGAAGUGGCCCCGGAUGCCUGGGUUCCCUCCCGGACGCCUGGGUCCUCCCCGAACACCUGGGUGCCCCCUGGACACCUGGGUCCCCUCCCGGACGCCUGGGUCCCCUUGUCUAGGGGUCACUGGUGAAACUGGGAGAGGGGUGGGAAGUGGUCCCGGAUGCCUGGGUCCUCCCCGAACACCUGGGUCCCCCCUGGACACCUGGGUCUCCUCCAGGAUGCCUGGGUCCCCUUUGUCUGGGGGUCACUGGGUGAAACUGGGUGUGGGGGGGUGGGAAGUGACCCCAAACACCUGUGUCCCCUCCCGGACACCUGGGUCCCCAAAUCUGGGUGGCACUUCAGGGGGACACUGACCCCGGAUGCCUGGGUCCCCUCUUUACUAUGGGGUUGGGUGUCCCGGACACCUGGGUCCCUCCCGGACGCCUGGGUCCCCUCUUUACUACGGAGUUGGGUGUCCCGGACGCCUGGGUCCCUCCUGGACGCCUGGGUCCCCUCUUUAGUAUGGGGUUGGGUGUCCCGGACACCUGGGUCCCUCCCGGACGCCUGGGUCCCCUCUUUAGUAUGGGGUUGGGUGUCCCGGACACCUGGGUCCCUCCCGGACGCCUGGGUCCCCUCUUUACUACGGGGUUGGGUGUCCCGGACACCUGGGUCCCUCCUGGACGCCUGGGUCCCCUCUUUACUACGGGGUUGGGUGUCCCGGACACCUGGGUCCCUCCCGGACGCCUGGGUCCCCUCUUUACUAUGGGGUUGGGUGUCCCGGACACCUGGGUCCCUCCCGGACGCCUGGGUCCCCUCUUUACUACGGAGUUGGGUGUCCCGGACGCCUGGGUCCCUCCUGGACGCCUGGGUCCCCUCUUUACUAUGGGGUUGGGUGUCCCGGACACCUGGGUCCCUCCCGGACGCCUGGGUCCCCUCUUUAGUAUGGGGUUGGGUGUCCCGGACACCUGGGUCCCUCCCGGACGCCUGGGUCCCCUCUUUACUACGGGGUUGGGUGUCCCAGACACCUGGGUCCCUCCCGGACGCCUGGGUCCCCUCUUUACUAUGGGGUUGGGUGUCCCGGACACCUGGGUCCCUCCCGGACGCCUGGGUCCCCUCUUUACUACGGGGUUGGGUGUCCCGGACACCUGGGUCCCUCCCGGACGCCUGGGUCCCCUCUUUACUAUGGGGUUGGGUGUCCCGGACACCUGGGUCCCUCCCGGACGCCUGGGUCCCCUCUUUACUAUGGGGUUGAGUGUCCCGGACGCCUGGGUCCCUCCCGGACGCCUGGGUCCCCUCUUUACUACGGGGUUGGGUGUCCCGGACGCCUGGGUCCCUCCCGGACGCCUGGGUCCCCUCUUUACUACAGGGUUGGGUGUCCCGGAUGCCUGGGUCCCCUCUUUACUACGGGGUUGGGUGUCCCGGACACCUGGGUCCCUCCCGGACGCCUGGGUCCCCUCUUUACUACGGGGUUGGGUGUCCUGGACGCCUGGGUCCCUCCCGGACGCCUGGGUCCCCUCUUUACUAUGGGGUUGGGUGUCCCGGACGCCUGGGUCCCUCCCGGACGCCUGGGUCCCCUCUUUACUACGGGGUUGGGUGUCCCGGACGCCUGGGUCCCCUCUUUAGUACGGGGUUGGGUGUCCCGGACACCUGGGUCCCUCCCGGACGCCUGGGUCCCCUCUUUACUACGGGGUUGGGUGUCCCGGACACCUGGGUCCCUCCCGGACACCUGGGUCCCCUCUUUACUACAGGGUUGGGUGUCCCGGACACCUGGGUCCCUCCCAGACGCCUGGGUCCCCAAAUCUGGGUGGCACUUCAUGGGGGACACUGACCCCGAAUGCCUGGGUCCCCUCUUUACUACGGGGUUGGGUGUCCCAGACACCUGGGUCCCUCCCGGACGCCUGGGUCCCCUCUUUACUACGGGGUUGGGUGUCCCGGACGCCUGGGUCCCUCCCAGAUGCCUGGGUCCUCCCCGGAUGCCUGGGUCCCCACCCUGACCCCCAUCUGUCCCCUGUUCCCCCCCCAGAAUGAGCGACGGGCGCCCCACAGCCCCUAACCCACCCCGGACGCCUGGGUCCCCCCCCCGCCAAGGGGACCCUGAUGUCACUGUCCCCCCCAUCCCAGUGGCCCCGUGGCCACCGCUGCCCAAAUGGGAAGACGGGGACAGGGACGGGGACACGACCUCCCCCGAGGGGACAUCGGGGACAUCGGGGACAUCGAGUGGCCAAUGACGCUGGCAGGGGGAGGGGACACCGAACGAUGUCACCGAAGUGUCACCGAGAUGUCCCCAAAGUGUCCUCAAGAUGUCGCCGAAGUGUCACCGAAAUGUCAUCAAGAUGUCACCAGUGUCACCAAAUGUCAUCGAGAUGUCACCAAAGUGUCACUGAGAUGCCGCCAAAGUGUCGCUGAGAUGUCACCAAAAUGUCACCAAAGUGUCACCAAAGUGUCCCCAGGAGGAGCCUUUGGUGUCACCGACCACCUCCGGACAUCGUGGAUGUCACCGAAAUGUCCCCAAAGUGUCUCCAAGAUGCCACCCCAGUGUCACUAAGAUGUCACCAAAGUGUCAUUAAAGUGUCCCCAAGAUGUC